ACGGACGCACGCAGCCGAGCCCCGCCGCCGGGGCGUGCCUGCGCUGCGCACCCCGCUCCUGCCAGGGCUCCGCCGCGCUGCAGCGCCAACAUGCCCGCCGUCGACAAGCUCCUCCUGGAAGAGGCUCUGCAGGACAGCCCGCAGACUCGUUCUUUGCUCAGUGUCUUUGAAGAAGAUGCAGGAACCCUUACAGAAUACACAAACCAGUUGCUUCAGGCAAUGCAACGAGUCUAUGGUGCCCAGAAUGAAAUGUGUCUUGCCACACAACAGCUUUCAAAGCAGCUCCUUGCCUAUGAAAAGCAGCAUUUUGCCUUAGGUAAAGGAGAUGAAGAAGUGAUAUCCACCCUCCAUUAUUUUUCAAAAGUUGUGGAUGAGCUCAAUAUUCUUCAUUCUGAACUGGCAAAACAGCUUGCAGAUACAAUGGUUCUCCCAAUAAUACAAUUUCGAGAAAAAGAUCUCACAGAAGUAAGCACACUGAAGGAUCUCUUUGGCCUUGCUAGCAAUGAACAUGACGUGUCCAUGGCAAAAUAUAGCAGGUUACCGAAAAGGAAAGAAAAUGAAAAGCUUAAGGCAGAAGUUGCAAAAGAAGUGGCAAAUGCAAGAAGAAAGCAGCACCUUUCAUCCUUGCAAUAUUACUGUGCCCUGAAUGCUCUGCAGUACAGGAAGAGGGUGGCUAUGAUGGAACCUAUGCUAGGAUAUACACGAGGACAGAUCAACUUCUUUAAGAAAGGAGCAGAGAUGUUUUCCAAAAGGAUGGACAGCUUUUUGUCAUCUGUUUCAGACAUGGUUCAGAGCAUACAAGGAGAGCUGGAUGCCGAAGCUGAAAAAAUGAGAACAUCCCAGCAGGACUUAAUUGCAGUUAAUGAAUCUGUUUACACCCCAGAUUCUGAUGUAAUUUCACCUGCUAUCAAUAGAAAUCUCAUCCAGAAGGCUGGCUACCUUAAUCUUAGAACUAAAACAGGUCUGGUGACUACAACUUGGGAAAGACUCUAUUUCUUCACUCAAGGUGGCAACUUGAUGUGUCAGCCAAGGGGAGCAGUAGCUGGAGGAUUGAUUCAGGACCUGGAUAACUGCUCUGUUAUGGCUGUGGACUGUGAAGACAGAAGAUACUGCUUUCAGAUCACUACUCCUACAGGCAAAGUGGGUAUAACCCUUCAAGCAGAAAGCAAGAAAGAAUAUGAGGAGUGGAUAUGUGCCAUCAACAAUAUCUCCAGACAGAUCUAUCUCACUGACAAUCCAGAGGCAGCUGCAAUAAAAUUAAAUCAGACAGCCCUGCAAGCAGUGACUCCCAUUACCAGCUUGGGAAAAAAACAUGAAGUUCAGCACCUCAGCCAGACUGUAAAGAAUAUGGAAAAUUAUGAAGUAAUUCCCAGUGGAUCAGCUGGCAUUCAAGAUUCCACACAACUCAUUGCUCCUGGAACACCAAUUCAAUUUGAUAUCGUACUGCCUGCUGUGGAAUUUCUGGACCAGAACAGAGGUGGCAGGCAGGCAAACCCAUUUGGGGAAUCUGAAGACAGCAGCAAAGAUGAGGAGGAAGAUUCCCUGCUGCAGCAGAUGUUCGUGGUUCGGUUUUUAGGGUCCAUGGCUGUUCAGUCCGAUGAGACGUGCGAGGUGAUUUAUGAAGCCAUGAGACAAGUGCUGGCUGCUCGGGCCAUUCACAACAUCUUCCGCAUGACUGAAUCCCACCUCAUGGUCACCAGCAAGAACCUGAGGUUAAUAGACCCUCAAACCCAAGUUACACGAGCAAGCUUUGAACUCACCACUGUGACACAGUUUGCUGCCCAUCAGGAGAACAGGAGACUGAUUGGCUUUGUGAUCCACUUCAGUGAUACUCUGGGAGAAGAAUCCAUGAGUGCAUAUGUUUUUGAGAGCAACACAGAAGGGGAAAAGAUAUGCUAUGCCAUUAGCUUGGGAAAAGAAAUUAUUGAGGCACAGAGGGAUCCAGAAGCAUUAGCUCAGCUAAUGAAGUCUGUGCCAUUAACAAAUGAUGGGAAGUUCAUGCUUCUGCAUGACUUGUCAGAAGAGGAUGGAACCAUGCAUGAAGGAGGGGAGGAAUCAGAAGCAUAAGCAGCUCCUGUCACUUCCUGCAGCCUUUGUGGGAGCAGAAAAGCAGGGAGUCUUUUUGCAAGAAUCUCUGGUUUUCAGUCACCUGCACACACCUGAGGCCAGCUGCCCUUUCCUGCUGGAGAGCAGUGGUGUGUCUGCAGUGGAGUCCCUCUGGAUUUACAGUGGAAGCACAGCAGGACUCGCAUUUAGCAUUUGUGAAUGCAUAGGGUGGAACUGUGUCUGGGGAGCUGACAGUCCUGAGCAGGAGGCUAGUGCUGCUGGUGGGCAGGAGAGCACAGCUGUCAGCAACUAAGGGUUAAUGGCAUUUCUUACAUUUACAGGGCCAGCAGCCUCUCAUUCCACUGAAAUUUGUGUGAGCUGCCAGCUCCUCUGACAAAUAUCAGGCCUCAGAUUUCCUACCACAGUCAAUGUUCAUAGUUUGCAUGAUCAUGUGCAUCUGAUUGAAGGUUAAAAAUGCACUACACCUACUUUAUUUCAGAUGAAGUUAUUUUUAGUCUAGUUUAUGUGUAACAAGAUUUACCUUUUGUGUUAGCCUAUUUACGAAACUAUUUGUUAAACACUACAUUUUUCCUAUUAAUAUAAUCUAUUUUUAUAUUGCAUCUAGAAAAAGCUUACAAAACAAAUUUAAGUGCCUACUCUUACCUUCCAGGGGACUGUACUCUCACAUUCUGUAAUUACUAGACAAAUUGUACUUCCUUGAUUUAUUAUUCUAAGUACCACUGACAUGCAAACCUCAGAAGCAGGCAGCUGUGUGCAGUUUUUCUGUGGUUAGGUUUCUUGUCACUUCUUACUAUAUGAAGAAGUAAGAAUUCUUAUGUAACAUGCAACAGCUGAGUCUGACAGCAACCUUUGAUUUUAAGAAACUGAGCAAUAAAAUGUUAGAUUACAAGUCUACAAGGUACUGAAAAGUCUCACAGUACAUUCCUGAGAUUAGACGUUAGAGAGAUUUGGCUAAUAAGUUUACAUUUUUCCAUCCUGAAAACAUCAGCAACAUCACUUUGCAAGAACAAACAAAAUAGACAAAAUAAAGAGCUGUUAGUGGGGGAGGGGGUGUAAGCUGUAGUAUAGUUUAUAUUAAUCAAGAUAAGGUACCUAGAAAAUAUGCCUGAAAUUCCUCAAACUUAAUUUAACUCAGUCACCAAGAAAUUAGAUUUUCCAUAAGCAGAAUCUGUGCAACAGUAUCUGAAAGAUCCCAGAUUGGAAGUGUUUGAUGUAGAAUAAGUCUAACCGGUUAUUGAAUGUUUAAAAGUACCGUGGAAAAAAACUUAAUCGUAAAUAAAAGCUGAAGCUAUCUUAUUAAAAAAAUUAACACCUACUGAACUGGUGUUAUUGAAAACACUGGGAA